GCGUUCGCGUGUUUGCAUCCACGUCCCUCUCUCCUCCAAAUAAUGUCGACUACGGGCAAGCUCUCAUCGUACUUCACAAAGCGGCGGGAGGUUACGAGCGGUCGCGCGGGUCCUGAAGAACUACACGUAGACAGCAGUUCAUCAUCCAGCUCGGUACGAGCACGGUUGGAGAAGAAAUUGCAGGUAAAGCAGAAAACUGGGUUCGCCUUCAACUUUGCGGUAGACAGCGACGCAGAUGAACAGCGGCAAGAAGGUGGGCAGGAGGGGGGAGACGCUGGCGAGCGAGGAUCAUUCUGCUUUAAUUUCAACCCAGCAGACGCCAGCGACGCUCCUACACGUGUACCGGAGAGUAACGAGGCAAGAAAAAGAAGCGGCGAUGCCUCUAGCCUGCGUGCAGCGCAGGACUUUCUUACCGUGGUCGAAAAGAGUGGAGCGCAACCUAGCGGGAAAAAGAAAAAGACUGGAGCAGGAAAGAAGAAGAAGAAGAAGAAAAAGAAGGGUGGCAAAGGGGAAGCGCAGCAGUCUCGAGAACAGAAAGCUCAAGAUCCUGUCUGGGAAGGACCUGAGCAAGAAGAUGUCGCUGAUUGCCCGAUCACCUCCAGUCACGGCACGGUGGGUGACGGCGGAGGGGAAGCAACGAGCAGCGCCGUCACCUCUCUUCCCGCCGCCGCUGCGAGUGACUCGAGCCCCAAGCGCGAGAGCAGGCAACGCCCCCCCGGGCUGCGGCCACCGCCCGGCUUCACGCUGGAAAGCUGGAAGGAUCCAGCCAUAACCGGCGAGGAGCGGCGAAGAAGGAGGUUCGGCAGCGGGGUACGGAACAUGGUCGCUAUUCAGCGCAGUUGUGACGCAAGGCGAGGCUUGAUUGCGGAUGGGGAAGUGGCAGUAGAGAAGUUGUCCGAGAGGCAGGGGGAAGGGCUGGAACGGCCUGGUUGCGACAGAGCACGAGGGAUGGUUGGCGCUGGGGCUCCAAGCAGUACCACCGGCAGAGGAUCAUCGGUUUUUGCUUUCGGCUUUGACAUCGGUAUAUCGUUCGAUGGUGGCAGCUGAGCGUUUGUGCAUGUGCUUUUGUGUGCGUUAUCUGUGGUUUUUAGAUAAUACUCUUGUACCCCACCUCCGGUGCGCCGAUAGUAGGUCUUGCGUUUCGGACGAUCAUUGGAUGAGGGCAAUAAGUGAUGGGCGUCCUCUCGUUGGUCGUCGUCAUAGUUGGGCAUCCUAACCCAUGCACAUGGUCCUGAUGAUACGCGUACGUGGUGUGCGUGAUGCACGCAAGCCGUUACUUGGUUCUGGCGCGGAAACCCGAAUUGUAGGACGAGCUGCAAGGCGCCCUGCUGGGCGAUUUGAUCAAGUGCGAAAUCUUGGUCAACUGAUAGGAGAGUGCAAUAUAACAGGCUUCGACCAGAGGAGUUGUCGGGAGUAAAUAGUUUUUUCUCUGAUACUUGUUGUGUGUUUCCGUCCCACAUGUUCUGGGGGCAGUCUACACCUUUCGGUAGAUGUAUCUGUCAGCCGGGGUAUAUAGCACAGCAGGAGAAAUUCCCUUUUUCAAUAAAUGUUAGCCAAUACAGUCGCUCCCCUUGUUAUUUUUACCCCGCCCCCUUGGCGGUGCUUGCCUUCGAUUCUCAGCGGAAAGGGACUAGCACAGUCGCUCCCCGCUUGUGUAUAUCCACGGAUUACAGGUCAAUUGAUCGCUUCCCACCG